AAUUCGGGGGAGUAAUGGAUGGCAUGCAUGCAUAGCUGUGGGUAUGCCAACACUCUUUUUAUUUAGACCACUCGCCCGAAUCAGUCAGUCAGUCAAUCAAUCAAUCAUAAUCAUCGACAUCGGCUGCUCCAUAAACAUUUAUGCAUUUCAAUGUCUUGUCCUGUUUUCCCAGCGAAAACUUUAAGUCUGCAUCAAGGAAAUGGACGACUGCUGCGCGGUGAUAUGUGGAAAAACUCUCGCAUUUAUUAUUUUUGGAGGAAUAGUGGAGGUUGGAGGUUGACGUGGCGGAAAUGCCUCACCAUUUGGACAUGCCGUCCGACAGACGAUUGUGUCAGAGUGAUUUGCAUAAAAUGUGCUAAGCCUCGCGAGAAUGCCUUACUUAUUUGUCGACAAUUAUUAAAGUGGAGCCCGACAAACGCCAAGAAAUAGUUGUUCGGAUCCGACACUUGACCAGCGCACGAUGCGAGGACCGGACCGGGCCGGACCACAAAACUUCUGCACAAACUCCACCUGAAAUGUAUGCAAAAUGGCGCAUUAGCAUUUCAACAAUUCACAAACGAAAAACAACCGAAUGGAACAACACCCCCCCCACGAAGAACAACAACAACAAUUGAUUGUGCCACCCAAGCGAGGAGCCAGUUUGGGCUCGGGCCAGGACACGUCCUGCUAUGCCUAUAAUUUCGUUAGUUCUGACCAGUUGAGUGUAGUCCGUCGACGCGAAAGGUUCAGGCUGGUUGUGACUCGGAAGUUUUUUUUUGUAACCCGAUUCGUACGUUCACCGGUUUGGUUUUACCUUCCGCUUUAAAAAACUCUUCGACGGUAAAGUUUCGACGGGUUUCGGGUGCAGUGACACAGCAAAGAGCAAAGAACAAAGCGGAUAUAACGAAACUAAAAACUAUUUGUCAUCAGCCAGGCCAGGCGGCACGUGUCCAUCGAAGGACAUUCGACCAGCGACAGUCAAUUGGAUAUGGCCGCCAGUGCGGGAGCUAGCAGCUGGUCGGGCAGCAGUGGGGGCAGCACAUCCUCCCAAGGACGAGCCAUUGCAACGGCCCAAACCGGACAGGAUGAGCGUCUAGUGGUGGCAGUUCGAGUGCGUCCCAGCUUGGAGGCUGCUGAACGCUGCAUUGAGGUGAUCUCCGGUGGAUCGCUGCUGUACGAUGAUGGCAGCAAGAAUCGUCCGCGGCAGUACUCCUACGACCAUGUGUUCCGGGAGAACGACACACAGGAGCAGGUGUACAAGACGACAACGGCGCCGCUGGUGCGCGAUGUACUCAGCGGCUUCAAUGCGGCCGUGUUCGCCUAUGGAGCCACUGGAUCCGGUAAGACGCACACCAUGCUCGGCCCUGUGCCGCGCAAGAAACCAGCUACGAGUGACCGUGCCCCGCCCACCGCCGCCUCUGGCUUUGAACCGGAUGUGAGCAGCCAGGACAUUGGGCUUAUGGUGCGCGCCAUCGAGGACAUUUUCGCGCAUAUCGAGUCCGUGGAGGAGGAAGGGGCCUGCAAGGUGUCCAUCUCGUAUCUGGAGAUCUACAACGAGCUCAUCCGCGAUCUGUUGAAUCCGGGCGGACCGCUGGAGCUGCGCGAGGAUAAUCGCGGACAGCGCAUCACGGUGGCCGGUCUGUCGGAGAUCACCACGUCCAGCCGCAAGGAGGUGGUGGGACUGCUGCUGAAGGGCAACAAGGCCAGGACCAUGGAGCCGACGGCCGCCAACCAGACCUCGUCCCGCAGCCACGCCCUGCUCAGCAUCAUGGUGAAGACGCGCACUCCGCUGGGCACCAAGCAGGGGCGGCUCUUCCUCACCGAUCUGGCCGGCUCAGAGCGGGCCAAGAAGACCAAGAACCGGGGCAAGCGACUCCAGGAGGGGGCACACAUCAACCGCAGUCUCCUGGCGCUGGGCAACUGCAUCAACGCAUUGUCAGGAGGUGCUCGCUAUGUCAAUUACCGCGACUCCAAGCUCACACGCCUGCUGAAGGAGGCGCUGAGCGGCCGCUGCAAGACGGUCAUGAUCGCCCACGUGGCGCCCGAGAGCAAACACCGUGACGAGACGAAGAACACGCUCGUGUACGCGGAUCGCGCCAACAGCAUCACCACCAAGCUGCAGAACUCCGUGUACAUUGACGAGUUCAAGGACUUCCCCACCAAGCACUAUCAGAGCCUCGUCUCAGAGCUCAGAGACGAGGUCUCCCGCCUGCGCACCAAAAUGCUGACCGAUAGGCCACGCAGCGGCAAAGCAGCAGCAGCAGCAGCAGCUGCAAUGACAACAGCAACGACGACGACGAUGGCUACGGCGACAACAGCCAGCAUUCAGCAGCCACCAGUGGAGGUGGAGCAGCCCGAUGAUCAAAGGAAGACGGAGCUGCGGUACUUGCGGGAGCAGAUUGUGCUCACCUUUAAGCAACAGAUGAAGCUACGCCGCAAGCUGCUCGAGGCCGAAAGCCAUCUACUGGGUCUCGAAUUGGAUGCUGAGCGGCAGCACAUGAUCAUCUCCCACUGGCAGGGACGUAUUGGCAAGCUCUACGAUGCCAUGGGCGAGGACGAUGUCGAAUCGGAGGGAUCGGUGGCAUUGAAGAAUGCCUGGGGCGAGCUGGCGGCUAUUGAGAAGGAGAACAGACGCUACAAGGAGAUACGCGAGCGCACCGAGCAGGAGCUGGAGCAGUGUCGCCAGAAGGGCGUCAAGCUGGAGGAUGAACUGCCAGAGCGCAUCAGCAGCGACGAGGAGCGAGAGCUACUGGCCCUGCUCUGUCGCGUCCACGAGCUGGAGGCGGACAAGGUGUCUCUGCAGGCGGAACGACUGGCCCGCCAGGCAGAGCUGCGACGACGUGACCUCCAGCUGCUCCGCGCCGAGCGGCAGCGGCGUCUGUGCGAGGACAUUAUCAGUUCGCAGCGGCGGCUCAUCGAGGAGGGUAACGUGGAUCUGCCGGACGAGCUGCGGGAGCUCUACGGGCUCUAUCAGCAGGAGAUCCAUGCCGGCGUGGUCACGCCCAGCACCAGCAGCUACGAGAAGAAGCUGCCGCCCAUCUACACAGCGGGUUCCGAUUCACCAGGCUCCAGCUCCAGCUCGGAGUGGUCUCCGGCUUCUCCUUUGCCGCCCAUCGAGAUGCAUGCGGAUCCUGUGGAUCGCGUAAUGGGUCCGCCCGUUAAUCCACGUCUACCCCGACUCUCCACUGGAACCGCCGGCGGUCCACGACGCUCAUCUUUGCGAAUGGCCAGGAAUACUCAUACGAGGCCACAUCCGUAGGCAUAGGUGCAGCGAACUGGAGGUGCUCAGGAAUAGUUUUUACUAAGGGUUUAGGAUUACUGGCGGCGGGUCUCCCUGAAGACGAUUUGCUCAAAAGCUCUACCUAAUUAUUGUAUU